AUGAUCACCGAGCAACGUCCCCUAGGCCUUUUGGAAAAGUACCAAAUCGCCAAGCUUCUUACAAAAUGCUAUGGCUCAGUGACAGCAGCCGCCUCGUUGCGACACAACAGCCCUGCACCUUGUGGUGAUGAUAAGCAAGCUAUCAAAAAGUUUUACCUGGAUCGACUGUAUCCCGCUGUAUCCCGUCUUGUUCAAAAGCAUCCCCAGCUCACUAUGAUUGUGCUCGAUGCUGAUAAGCCAAACGCUCGAUUUGCCACUUUAUCAUCCUUCAACCUUGCUGAUAUUGUGCAUGUGAAUUCCAACAUCAAGUUUUGGGAACAAGCUGUUAUCAAUGACAUUAUCUCUACCGAGGUUGACAAGGAAUUUGACACCAACAUUCAAACUACCCCUUUAUGGAGCCUGCGCAUUGAUACACACCCCGAACGUUCCCACGAGUGUGUCAUCUCUUUUACCCUACACCACGUGAUCGGUGAUGGCAAGACCAUGUCAUUAUUCUGGAAAGAGUUAUUGGAGCAGCUCAAGGAUGGUGAAGUGGUUGAUGGCAAUGAGUACAAAAUUGAUAUUGUGGAGCCCCACACAAUUAAACCUCCACAAGAACACCGCAACCCAGUGAUGCCUGAUGAGAUCAAACCACCAGGUACCAAGGAAGACGAGUUAGCCAUGUGGCAAGGAGACUAUGAAGCCAUCCGUGACAAGAAUACCCAAAAACAUGACACAGCUGUACGCACAAUCGUUGUGGAUGGUGAACAUUGGCCCAAGAUUGUAAAGACUUGUAAGCAACAUGGGGUCACUCCGCAUGCAGCAUUGAUGGUUGCUUGUGCUCUUGCAUUUGCUGAGUUGUAUCCGGAUCGAGUUGUGCGCACAAUGACACCUGUAAACACACGACCUCUUUGUGAUCCACCUGUACCUGAAGAUGAAAUGGGCAACUUUUUCGGUGUCUUUUUCCGUUUCUGGCGACCUGGAUUUUCAAAUGGCAAAUCUUUUUGGGAGCUUGCAAUCGAAUACCAAGCACGUGUACGCGAGCAAAAGGCUGAUGCAGCUGCAUUUGCUGACAAAGUCCUUGGUCCUCUCAAAAACUACCCUGAAGAUUUUAACGACUACUGGUAUUCCAAUUGGGAAAAGUAUCCUAUGGGGCGAGCAGGUGGUAUUGGUGUAUCUGAUUUGGGUCUCAUAUCUACAAAAAACGUAACAACCACCGAAUGGCAGCUUCAAGAAAUCUUCUUCAAUCAAAGCACACAUAUGUACACUAUUGCAUUGGCUGUCAACACCAUUAGUACAGCAACUGCUAUGCAAGCUUGUAUCUCAUGGCAACGCAACACCUUGGAUAUUUCAAAAGCCGAUCGAUAUGGCUCUUUGAUAGCUAAAUACCUUAUUCAAUGCAUAGAUCAAUAA